AAGUAUUAAAUCUAUGGUUAUGUGUUGUACAUACAUAAUUUUAGAUAUAUAGAUAGUUAUAUUUUUUAAAAUAAUGGGAGAGUCACCGAGAGAUUUUAAAUGUAACUAUGAACAUUGGUCAACUAUAGUACAGUAUUGUGAAAUGUACCCACAGAUAAUAAAGUCAAAGUUUGAAAAUUUUCAAGGAGAUAAAAGAGAUAUUAGAAAUCUUUGGGAAGAGCUCACAGAUCAGUUGAAUGGUUUAGGUUAUGGCAAGAAAAGUAUUGAAAAAUGGCAAUUGGCAAUUGGAAGAUGGAAAUCUAAAGUAAAAGCGAAAGCUCUAAAUUUAAAGUUGGAAAUGGAACAAACAGGCGGAGGACCUGUGAAAUCACCACCACUAAAUGAUAUAGAAGAACGUCUUAUUAAUCUUAUGGGCUGGAAAAGUAUUACAGGCGAUAAAAAUAAAGAACUAGGACUUGGCAUUUCUGAGGUAGCAACAACACCUAUAGAACCACCACCUUUACAUAUUCUUAAUACACACUUAGAGACUAACACAGAAACCCAAGGAGAAAUGUCAUUUUUAAAACAGUGUUCCAUUAGUUCUACUGGCAGUAGAAUGGAAAUAGAACUCUCAUCAAAACCAAGUACAAGUACAGCAUAUAAAGAAAAUAUUCCUACAAAAAAAAGAAGUAGUCAAGAAGCAUAUACAAAACGUAAAGUGGUAAAAAGUUCAGAGAAAUCAAGGAGGUAUGUGACUUUAACUCAUAUGCACAAUGAAAAUUUAACUAUUUUAAAGAAAAUAUCGGAAAACACUUCAGAUAUCGCACGUUCAAUUAGAGAGAUUAAAGAUACCAUGACGCAAUAUGUGGAAUAUUUAAAGAAUUGUAACAACUAAAGCUAAACGAAUACUAUUCACAUCACACGUAAUGGACAGAUGACAGUUUUAUUUGCAGCACAUAUAAUUGCUAUAGUAUAUCACGUACCUAUAAUGUGAGGGUAAUCUAAUCGGCGUGAUAUGGACCCUAUAUCAAUUAUAUGUACAGCAAAUACAAAUGCAAUCUGUUCGUUGCAUGCUAUGUGAAUAGUAUGCGCUUAGCUUAACAACAAAAUAGAAUAAUAUUUAUUUUAUUUAUAUCCAGAUAUAUAUUUUAUUUCCAUUUUUACUGUUUCUACUAUGAAA